AUGCAGCAGGUAUUUCUCAUUAUUAUACAGCAAAACUGCCAGGCAGCAAUUCCAGCUACAUCGGGCAGGCAGGCUUUUGUGAUGGUCUCCAGUUUUGCACAGUCACUAGAGUGUCGCACCAUGAAUUAUUAAAUCAAUGCUUCAUGGUAAUACAUAAUUUCUUAUCAAUUAUUCAUGCUAAUGUGCGUGUAUUUUACUUAAUUGUGUUAUUGACGAUCAAAAGUAAUUUCCUGAAAAUCCUCAAGGACAGAAAAUUUAAUCAACAUAACUACUUUUCAGAUGCAAUGCUGUUAAGUAUUCUUAAUUUGCUCAACAGUUCACUUAUUUAUGUACCUUUCUGGAGGAAAAAUGAGUUUAAUCAAACCAUUAGAAUGAAGAGUUAGUGUAUACAAGGGCCAAGUUCACCUGAGCAAUCGGUAAUUAUGCCGAAAUGAAAUUGAGAUUGCUUAUAUUUUUUUGCAAACCAUUUUAAUAGUGGAACUUUAGGAAAUAAAUUCUAAAUGACUGGAAUGGCUGUGAAAAGAGACACGGAUUCCUCUUCUUCCUGGGAUGUUUGUGUGUGUAUGUGACUUUUUUUUUUUUUUGGCAGGAGAAACUGUUCUUGUUACUCUUCAGAUAAAUGCUUAAGAGCUGAAAGUGAAGAGAUUUUGGUUGCAUCCAAACCCCACAGGGGUGCUGCGAUCUCCCCAGCUACAGUGGCUGCCCCCUUCUGCUUCUUAUUCUCUGCUGGGAUUCAAGUUUAUCAAAAGGACAGGGGUAAAUGUUAUCAGCUGAUCGUGUUAAAACAAAGAAAAGCCUUCCUGCAUUGCUCAUCAACCAGUCGAAAAAACAGAGCUCAAAAUGAACCCCGAUCCAGAAAGAUGCUCUAUACACAAGGCGUGAGCAUCACGAACUAUCUUUCUGACACAGUAUAAUUUACUUAAGCUGGGAGGUUGUGACUCUGCAAAGGUGUGGUCUUUGGAGAACCAAGCACUCCACUUUCCUGAUCAGGGGGUGACAGCCUUGAGUUCUCAACAACUGCUUUAUAUGUCUGGGUCUGCUGCAAUCCGAGACAAACUUACUAGAAGCAGCAGUUAUCUGUUUUUGUUUCUUUCCAUUUUUUAGUUUUCCAACCUGAAGUUCAGAUCACUGCACUUGUGUUACCGGUUUGCAAUUUGUUAAGUUAAAAAGUCACCACCACAAACAUUCAUCGGCAUAUUAGCACACGGUUGCUUUUUCCUAUGACACAUAUUUUUGCAAGCCAUCUCCCCAGACAUUUGUGCAUGUCAUUUUCACUAAUAUCUUUUCCCCAAUGUACCCACUUUUGUAACCAUUUUUUGUUUGCUCUUUCUGAAACAAUGCACAAACCGCAACAGAGCUAUCCUUUGAAAUUUGUACUUCUUGGAAUUUUGCAAGACUGUUCUCCAAACAACUGGGAGUUGAAUUCAGUAGGACUUAUAUUUUAGUACACUUGAAUAGUAUUGCACGCCUGAAAUGAUCUGAUUCUUCUAUUGUAUGCCAUCCGACUGGGGGUUUAUCUGAAGGGCAAGGGUAGAAAUACCUAUGACAAAUAAAAAAUAUUACUACUCUGUGCUCACGAAUCAAACUCUUGGUUAUGGACUGCUUCCAAAGUGUCUUCCUUCUGCUCUGUGGGAUUACUGAUGGUCUCAGGUCCUCAAAUUCAACAGGAUCUUGAGGCAGCGCCUGUGUGAAGUUACAGUUCUGCUACAAUGAGGGGAAAUGGAGGGGACAUGUUCCAAAAAGGACCUCGGUUUGGCAAGGAGAGCAAACUUAGCAGGCAAAGCAGAAAUCCCUUUCCAGGAAGGGAUGGAUCCAAAGAUCCUAUCCACCAAGCUCAUUCAAUGACAGAAGACCUAUUUAUCAUCUCUAGAUGUUGUAGUAGACCCUUCCGGUCAUUUUCAUUGCCCCCAAAUCCUAGCUAAAAGUAGACAUUAGAAAGAGAGGUUGUUAUCUUCACCCAUUCAUAUUUCUGCUAGAAACAUAUUCAGCGCUGAUAGGAAUGUCUGUGGCCUCCUGCGUCCCAAACUGAACAUAGGGAACAGGAUGAAGUGAUGGUCCCAUGGAGAGAUGACUCAGAUUCCUAGAACUUCAGCCCCAAUGUUUUUGCAGGGAAUUGUCACACUCCUUGGCUGUUGGCCCGGCUUCUCAGACCUGAAUGGCCUUAGUCAAGGUGUUAGUGGCACCAACAAGUUGAAGGCCCCUCUGCAGUAUGGGUGGCUGGCUCUCCUUCCUCCUACACAUGUGUAGGAUCACCUUCCUCCUACACAUGUGUAGGAUCACAUUGUGGGCCAAGGGGCUGUUUGGUUGUGUGUGCAUCAUUACAAUCUCCUGUAAUCUGCGUUGAGGGCCAUUCUCUCAAAAGGCGGCGCACAGACCUUCUAAAUAAAUAAACUAAUAGAUUAGCAAUAAAAUCCCUCGUGUAAGCUCAACAAGACUGACCUCUCUGUCCAUAUUGCUCUCCGGACCUCAGGGACUUCCUCUCGUCAGGCCUAUGAAACAAGGCCUUUCUAUACCCAUCCGCUGUGAAACAACUAAGAGGUUGUUGUUCUUAUUUAAAUAGAAGGGGGCCUGUUAUGCGAUGCUGAGGGACCCCCAUAUCCCCUCCCCACCCCAAUCUGGUGGAAUCUAGACACCAGGCAAAUAAUGCCCUUUUGCGUCUCUCUCUCCUAUUCCCAUCAGGGCUCCUGGAUCCAGUUCCACUGUAA